AUGACCAGUUUCCUAAAUAAUCAAAAAUGUGAAUGCUGUGGUGCUGCAUUGUGGCUUCCUGAAUAUAAAAAGGACUUGUAUCUGCCAUGCUUGCAAUGGCCCUCUUACACAAGUGGUUUUUGGCUUGGUAAAAUUCCUGAUGAGCUUGCCUGCUUAACUUACGUUGAACAGCUGCUCAUAUCAUGUGUUCGCCACAAUCGCUGUAUAAUCAAAGUAGCCUCUGGACGGUACAAGAUGCAUGCAAAUGCAAUAACUUUCCAAAAUCCUGUUGCAAAGAUUUAUGACACUCUUCCUCCUCCUCUUGAAGAACUUGAUGAAGUCUUGGCUGUUAUGUUUACUGGACCUUGUCAACCUACCAAAAAAGACCUUCAACGUACACCAUUGCUGGUCCGUCAAAAGCAGAUUUCAAAAGCACUUGAGUGGUUAAAAUUGAACCAUUCUGACUACUUUGACAUCGGAAUAUCACAGGAGAAUUUGAGCCAGUACCCUUUGAGUGAUGCACCAGUUGUAAUUGACUAUCGUCAAUCAAUAAUAAAUAGGGAGCGAGAGGCUACAAGUGUUCAUGAUAAUGAAGAAGAGAUAGGUACCGAAGAGGGUCCUUGUACUUUUGAGUUCAAGGGCUGA